AUGACUGGUACAAUUAGUUAUGAAAUAAGUUACCACGCUGCAUGUUUGUUAUUCAACGGAAGAGUGCUGAUAAGCGGUGGAUUCGAUGGUCGUACUAUUCGCAGUAGUGCUGAAUUUCGUUUCACACCAAUCUCAUCAACACCGAUCGGUACUUUGAUUGAUGAGUUGUUCAUCGAAUCAUGGCAGAAUUCGUCUAAUUAUUCGAGUUAUUACUCGAUAUGUGCACCAUCGAACUGUCGAUAUACAUAUGUCGAAAGAAAUGAUUUUGUAUACACGUUGACUACGAUUCUUGGUUUAUAUGGUGGAUUGACUGAAGGGUUGCCUAUCGUUAUUUGGGGCAGUCUGCAGGUGUAUUGGAAGAUUCGUGAGCGAAUCAAGAGACAUCGACGCAUUGUACCCAUAAAUAGUGACUAA